AGCUACUCUUCUUCCCGCAUCGGUGACUGUCGCCUCUCCUCCUCCAGUCGUCGUCGACGCCACCUGAUCCUGCAGCCGCAGCGCCAGCCGCCUCUCUUCCUCUGCCCAUCUUCAUUGUUGUCAGCUUGAAGGCCUAGUAAAGCAAUCUUACUAAUUGUUAAGGAGUAAGACGAGAGAUAAUGAAGCUUGAUGUGGAUGUAUUGAGAUAUCUCUCCAAAGAUGAUUUUAGGGUUCUCACUGCCGUCGAGAUGGGAAUGAGGAAUCAUGAGAUUGUACCUACUGAACUCAUUGACCGCAUAGCACGUCUCAAGCGUGGAGGCACUUACAAGGUUUUGAAGAACUUGCUCAAGAAUAAAUUGUUGCACCAUGACUCUUCUAAAUAUGAUGGCUUCCGCCUUACUUACCUUGGCUAUGAUUUUCUUGCCAUUAAAACUAUGGUGAACAAGGGAGUGUUUCAAGCUGUUGGUCGUCAGAUAGGUGUUGGAAAGGAGUCUGAUAUCUUUGAGGUUGCCUGUGAAGAUGGAACAAUUCUAGCAAUGAAGUUGCAUAGGCUUGGCAGAGUUUCGUUUAGAGCUGUCAAAUCAAAGCGUGACUACCUAAGGCAUCGUAGUAGUUAUAACUGGCUAUAUUUGUCUAGGCUUGCUGCCCUUAAAGAAUUUGCAUUCAUGAAGUCUUUGGAAGAGCAUGGUUUUCCUGUUCCUAAAGCUGUAGAGUGGAACAGACACUGUGUAGUCAUGUCACUGGUCCAAGGUUACCCUCUGGUUCAGGUGAAGCAAUUGCAAAAUCCAGAGAUGGUUUUUGAGACAAUUCUUAAUCAAGUUGUUCGGCUGGCAGAGCAUGGUCUCAUUCAUUGUGAUUUCAAUGAAUUUAACAUCAUGAUUGAUGAUGAUGAAAAAGUUACGAUGAUUGAUUUUCCACAAAUGGUAUCUGUAUCACACCGUAAUGCACAGAUGUACUUUGACCGUGAUGUUGAAUGCAUCUUUAAGUUCUUCAGAAAGAGGUUCAAUCUUUCUUUUCAAGAAAGCACAGAUGAUAAUGAGGGUCCUGAUGAAGAUGGAAGACCUUGCUUUUCUGCUAUUGACAAAAGCUCUGGUUUUCUAGAUAAAGAACUUGCUGCUAGUGGCUUCACCAAAAAGGAUGAUAAUGACCUUGAGAGGUUCAUUGAAGGCGAAGAAGAGAUGGCUACCCAUUCAGAUGAUGUAGUUGAGUUGGCAGAGGACAUGAGAGAGACAAAUGUCAUAGGUGAUGAUUCUUUACAACUGGAGCAGGAUGAGAGAAAUGGAAGUAAGAACGAAGAGGAAAACUCUGAAGCAGCUGAAAGCAGUGAUUCUGAGAAGCCAGAUGCAAGUGAUGGGGAGGAAAACGAUGAAAAUAUGACGCAAAAUGAUGCUGAACUCACAAAGCGUUUGAAUAAGCAGAGACGACGGGCCAUAGCAUCAGCUCGCAAGGGACAGAAGUCUUUUGCAUCAAGGAAUUGCUACAAAGCCAAGGGUAGUAAGUCUGCUCACAAUUCUAAAAUACAGAAGCAAUUAAGUGGCUGGUGAAGUGUAAGAAUCCUUCGGUUCCACUAAUGUUUAUGAAACUUAAACAUAGGCGACCUGUUUAGAGUUGGGAGAUGGUAAAGCAGAUAGGAUAUUGUCAAGUCAAUAUAGUUGAGUGUAUUUUUAACCCCUUCUUUUUUAUUUUCGGUUAGAUCAGGUGGGCUUGAAUUUGAGUUACACUUCUAAUAUGUGAGAUAGUCGAAGUUUGAGUCCCUUGCUAUAUAUAGUUUUGGAUGAAAUAGGAUUGUAUCCAGGACUGUUUCUAUACUGGAUGAAAUUUGUCUUGGUGGAAAAUUUUGCUUAUUUAACCACGAUUUUUCAAGAAUGGUUCACUAUUCUUCA